AUGUGCUGUCUUGAAAAAAAUGUAAUAAUGUGUAAACUGUAGGACUGUUCCCAUUUGCUUGUCUCGUUAAAUAUUUAAAUUGCGAUAUUACCACUGACAGCGGAAAAUGCAAAUUUGAUAAAUGUUUGUUAUUUGUAUUUUUAUAAAUUAUAUUUCGCUUAUAAUGAUUGAUCUUCUAGCGUAAUUUGAUGAUUUUCUCAAUAAAAUGAUGUAAUAUUGUAUAAUAAGUAUAAUUACUUGAUAAGAUACUGAAAACCACAUCUGUGACUCUUAUUGUUGAAAUUUAUUUAUUGCUCGGUGUCAUUAUACUUUUGCAGUUCUGUCAACUAAAAGUAAUCAUAGUUACCACAACACCUUGCCGUAAUCGAAGAGCUAAACGAAAACACCCAAAUUUAUGAAUCACACAUUUUAUCGUCUGCAGGUCUGUUACCUAACCUCUUUCAAAGCCGUCUAUGGGGCGGCAUGCAACUUUAAUCGAGUUGUUAUCAAACAAAAUGAAUUUGUUUGUAAUUAUUUAGAGAUUUUCGAACAAUUUGAAAUUUUUAUAAACGCAAAAAUGCAUUGCUGUAAAGUGAAUUCUCGUUUGCUUGCUCGUUUUGUUCCGUUUAUCAGACGGUCUCAGGGUAGUUUGAGUUCACCUACCGCGAGUGAAAAUAUCGUUGAAACUCUUAUUCCGCCAAAUAACAGUGAACCCGCUGUAGUAGAAGAGAAAACCAAAAAUCCUGAUGUGAAAUAUCCACCUAUACUGGAUUUGUCUCGAGCUGCAAGAAAACGUCGUGAACGGGAAGAAUGGCACAACAAAAUAAAACACCUGGGUACUGUGGAAGAAAAGAUUUUCGAGUUGAACAUGCCAAGAUAUUAUGGAUGGAAAGUGUGUAAAAUCGAAGAAGGUACAAUACCCUAUGAUCCGUUACCUUUUGCUCAGUAUGUCACAAGAACACACAUGGUUAACGAGCCAGGCUUACCUGAUUAUUACGACAGUCUUUUGACUCCUGAAACUCUCGAUGCUUCAGUGCAACAAAUAAAAAGUCAGAUAGAGGAUGCAAUAGUUUUUGAGUAUACAUGCAGGAAGCGAGACUAUCAAUUUAAAGAAGAUGAGCUUGAAGAUAAAUGUUUUAUGGACAAUGUAUUAGCUAAAGAUAUGAGCCUACAAGUGAAUAGAAUAUUAACUACUAAUUUAUCCCAAAAUUAUACUUAUUUAUUGGAAAGUCAAUUGGAUAUUGGGCCACGCAUUGAAGCAUUUUGGGUCUUUGGUGGUUUUGAAGCUCCUAUUGAAACAAUUAGAGGCAGAGCUGGACAAGAUUUUACAAAAGAAUUUAGAGAUGAACCUGUUAAUCAGAAGUUACAGUACUAUGGUACUCCAAUACUACAGUUGAGGCACAAAUUGCCACUAAAAGAAAUAGCUUCUAUUCAGGAAUCAAAAGAUCAGAGUUUGGAGAUUCCUGUAGAAACACUUGAUCCUAGGAAACAGGAAUACUUUUAUGAACAUAAACAUGCAACAAUUAUACCAGGUUUCUGGCCUGGUGAUUUUGGAGAGUUUGGUCUUGUAUCGUACCACAAUAGGGGAUACCUUGCGACAAGACCUGAGCAAUAUAGUGAUGAUGCCGAUGCACUAAAAACUCAAGCAAUUUUUGGCUCUUUCAGCUGGCUGUAUGGACAAGCUUGCUAUCAAGGAUUUUCAACUUUUCAAGAUCCCACUUAUCCUUUGCUCAAUCAAAUGAUUAUAACCAAUGGGCAGUGGUGGUCCUUCUCCACGUAUCAACUUAAUACUACUACAAUGCACAUUGACGCUAUAAAUGAGAACCCACGAAGAAAUAUCUGCUGGAUAACAGAACCACUAAAAUUGUUUGAUUCUAUUGAGGAUGGGAAAGUUCAAGGUCUUAAUGAAGAUGUAUUGAAACAUCUGAUUAAAUUCUAUGUUAAUGCUCCUGAAGUAAAAAAAGGCGUGGAAAUGAAACCGUAUUUGAGUGAAGAAGAAGUCAUUGCUGGUAUUGAAGAACCUGAUAGAAGAAAAUGGCUUGAAGAAAAGUACAAACAUUUAGUAUCUAACCGACCUCGGCACAGAUUGCCACCAGAAAUCUAUCAUUGGCAAAAGAUUUACAUGAUCGACCAUAAAACUAGACCUAUGGAUAAGAAACGCGAUGCAUGGCAGUUCAAUCCUAACAUUUGGAAAAGAAGAAUGGAUGAACAUACACCAGAAUAUGUUCCGAAAUUCAAAAGAUCUUAUCCCAAAUCUAAACCUGAAAAGUGGGCACCGAAUUUCUAUCCCACUAUACGAAAACCAAUUAAAUCAUCAUAGAGUUGCUCUUAUUCAACAAUGAUUGCUUGGUAUUUCUAAGAUGAUGAAAAAUAGAUAAACAUGAUAUUCAACUUUGAAUAAUUCUCCUCAAAAAUCAUAGGAAAUUAACAUAAGCAGAUUUUUGUAGUCACGAAUGAAUGAUAAAGACAUGAGAAGCUUCUCUUACUAAACAAGCAAGUGUUUGAUAUUUUGUAAAUUUAAUCUCAUAAUUCGAAAAUAUAAACAUAAGAAUUUAAUACAAAUGUAUGAGACUUAUAUUUUUCUAAUAACAGGAUAUAAAUUUGCUUUUAUUGACAACUUAUUUAGCAUAUUAUUGCCAAAGAUAAUCUGAUAAUAUUCUUUAAAACGUACUGCAAUAUGAUGAGGAAUUAUCCGAUUUAAUAUGCUUUUAUGUAAAAAUUUCAUUUCCUUUUUUAUUAUAUAUCGAUAUCGAUAUAUAUAUAUAUAUAUAUAUAUAUUUAUAUUUAUAUAUUUAUAUGUAUGUGUUUAUAUAUAUUUAUAAGAAAACAUUUCUGUUUCUUUAUUUUCAUGUUCGAGAAAAUUAGAUUUUCUUCAAUUACGUUUUUUAUUAUACAAAGUGAACCGAACAAUUUCCCGCCGUUUGGCGCAGGUGCGUUGUCAAAUAUACAAGUUGCGUCCAACAUAAGACUUGCACAGAAAGACACUACGGCACAUUCAAGUCUGCUGUAUACACUUGAUCUAGAUGGUAUCAUCAUUGAUAAAGCAAUUAUGUAACAGGUGUGGCGACCAAGUACCGUUUUUCAUUUUCUAUACAUUAUAUUAUUUGAUAAAUAAAUUUUUUACAAUUCGCUUAAAUAAAAGAUGACAAAAGUGAAUGUAUAACAUAUUUACAAUAAGCAAUGUUGACAUGUUUGACUGUCUUUCUCUCUGUCUCGCUCUAAUACAAACACACUUUUAAUUUUUUGUUUCAACUAUCUUUCACUUUCUUUCAUGCACGCUCACUCUUUUAAUUCAUUGACACUCGGCAGUACUACUUGUCAUUCAUUCAUCUAUUCACGCAUAAUCGCAAUGUAAAGAGAGUAAAUUUGUUUGCUCUGGUACAACCAAACCGUGAAGCUAGCUUUCACCAUACUCGUAUGCAGGUAGGUCAUUUUAAGUAUAAAUUAUCGAUCUUCAUUAAAUUUUUGUCAUCGAUGCAAACGUGCAUAUAUUCUUUAUAUAUACAUAUCGCGCAUAUGUGACAUCGUCUUUACACUGAGUCACAAAUACAUAGAUAUAUAAUAUAUGAACAUAAACAUCUUAAUAUUCAUUAAAAAAUCUCGCAUUCGUUAUUCGUCUAUUACAAUAUAACAAACGAGCAUGGUUACUUACUCGCACAACCAAUUGCAUUAUUUUUCAUUUGACGAUAUUUUAUUACAAAUUUGCCCAUUUCUGCAUCUCACACGCACGCG